AUGAUGGCGAUGAUGAUGACUGGCCGUGUGCUGCUGGUGUGUGCUCUCUGCGUGCUGUGGUGCGGUGCUGCGGUGGUGGUGUCGUCUGCCGGUGGUGAUGGCGAUGGCGGAGUAAAGGAGGGUCCAUUGGGAGGUUCAAAGUCUGAUUCUAGAGACGAAAAAGCAGCAAAACCGGAAUUAUCGAAGUCAGUCGAUGAGGGCUUAGGGUCCGCGGAUCACUCGUUGGAUACACGAUCAGGAAAUAACGUCAAUGAGCAAGGGAACUUGGCUAACGAACCACCAACAGAGAAUGUUGGGAAGAAAGGAGUACAAGAAGAAGGUAAUGAAUUACCGGUAACACACAUAUCUCGAACAAAGGAUAAAGUAACACUACCACAAACAUCACCACCACCGACGCCAGCAGGAGAAGAACCACAAGCAACAUCACCAUCACAAGCAUCCGGUGUCGGUGAAGGCGAUGGUGGUCCCGUUGGGAUUGAAGGUACCGGUCGAAAUGUUAGUGAUGGCAGUCUUGUUGGUGCUAGUGACACUUCUCGUGUUACUGGUGAUAAAAAUAAAGAUCCUAAAGGAAGUGAAGGUCCCGUUUCCGGGCCACCUUCCGGUGGUGCUUCUUCAUCUCCCAUUUCCAACGAUGGAGACGCUUCACGGAAUAAUGGCGGUGCACCAUCCACCCAGGACACGACAUCUCUAAAAAACAAUGAGCAGUCAAGGCCAACAACAUCUUCAGGGAACGCACCGCUCAACAGGGAGACACCGGAGAGGUCAACACCCGAUGCACAACGGCACUCCUCUGAUACACAAGAAAAUGAAACGGGUCAAACUGCUGAUGGGGAUGCAGCUCCAAGCGCCGCGGGGCAGAGUGCCAUGGGGACGAAAGGCUCUUCCGGCGUAUCGACCACCACCAGCAACGCACCAACAACACCUCAACCACAACUGCCAGCACCACCAGUACCACCAACGGCGACAGUAACGGGAGCGCCGGCAGAAAAACCAACUGCAGAACGAUUGCCACCACCGGCAGAUUCAACACCAGGAGAAAGCCUAGCAGCAACAACUACAGCUCAAACAAAAGGUACGGCGACACCUGGCGACAGCGACAGCAGCGCGCUCUCUCACACCACCUCCCCUCUUUUGCUUCUUCUUGUUGUUGCGUGUGCGGCUGCUGCUGCGGUGGUGGCCGCGUGA